AUGACAGACAUCAAGUACCACCCCCUCGAGCCCUUGGGAAGAGGAUACUAUGGCGUGGUGACCACCACGCACGAUUUGGAGAAAAGAGAGAAGGUAGCGAUCAAGAAGAUCUCCAAUGUGUUCGAGGACUCCAUAACUGCUGCCAGCACCCUUAGGGAUCCCAUGAUUCUCAGGCAAAUCCAGCACGAGAACAUCAUCUCCCUCAGGCAUAUACAGUGCGGCCUCAACGACCUGCACUCGGCAAACAUCCUCCAUCGGGACCUAAAGCCCGGCAACAUCCUCAUCAACUACGACUGUAAGCUAAAGAUAUGCGACUUUGGUCUCUCGAGAGCUGCAGCCCAAGAUAAGUCGGAGUUCAUGAAGUUGUAUGUUGCAACUCGAUGGUACCACGCACCUGAGCUCCUCCUGGGCAACAACAACUACGGCCCUUCCAUUGAUGUCUGUGACACCCAGAACCAGCUGCAGUGCAUAAUCCGCACGCUCGGGACACUGCAGAAAGCAGAUCUCGACUUCAUCCAGAGCACGAAGGGCAGAAGAUAUAUUGAGUCCCUCUCUUACUGCAGUGGAACCCCGCUCUCAACUCUUUUUCCCCAAGCAGAUCCUGUGGGUCUGGACCUGCUCGAGAAGAUGCUCUCAUUCGAUCCAAACAAGAGGACAACUGUUGCCGAGGCGCUCAAUCACCCUUACAUGGCACCGUUAUACGAUCCGAGAACUGUCCAUCCGGCCCAGUUCCCGGUCGAGCUCACUGUGGAGGACAACAUGGAGGAGGAUACGAUAAGGAAGAUGAUGUGGCGGGAGAUUCUUCAGUACCAAUAG